AUGGCUUUAGAAGCCUCAACAGUGCCCGAGUCGGCAGCGGAGUUAGUUAUUGAACCAGAUGAUUCUAUUGAUUGCAUAGAGACGUUGUCUGAUGAAGACGACAAUGACUCCGCCUGUGGGAGAGACGAGUCUAGCAGUCUUGUCUCACUUAACUCCGCCAUCACUGAAUACGUAUACAAGAACGGACGUCGGUAUGCCAAUUACGGGUCCGGACAGCAUAUUCUUCCGAAUGACGAGAUGGAAUGCGACCGGCAUGAUUUUUUACAACACAUAUUCGGCAUGCUAUUUGGCGGGCGUCUAGUCUUUGCGCCCAUUGUUGCCAACCCUUCGCGAAUACUUGAUAUAGGAACCGGAACGGGAUUAUGGGCUAUAAAUGUCGCUCAGAUGUACCCCUCUGCAGAGGUAAUUGGCACCGAUGUGUCGCCUAUUCAACCAAGCUGGGUGCCACCGAAUUUGUCUUUUCAGAUGGAUGAUGCGGAGGCGGACUGGACGUUCAGUCGGAAAUUUGACCUCAUACAUUUUCAAAGCCUGAACGGAUGCAUUCGAGACUGGAAGCGUCUGUUGUCUCAAGCAUACGAAAACAUUCUCCCUGGAGGAUACUUGGAAGCAAAAGAGACAGAUGUCUAUACUAGGUCUGAUGACGAUUCCAUUCCCCAUGAUACGAGCUUGAGAGAGUGGGAAAAAAAUUGUAUCCAGGCUUGUGCUUCAAUUGGACAGCAGUUAACGGCCCCAGAACAUCUGAAGGAGUUGAUGACAGAAAUUGGAUUUGUCGACGUUGAGGAACGACAAUUCAAACUUCCAAUAAACGGCUGGCCAAAGAAUGAAGAACUCAAGUUGAUUGGUCGAUAUCAAAAUGUGCAAUACUUGGAAGCAUUAUCGCCUUUUGCUCUCGGACUCCUUGUCGAGGUAGCCGGUUGGUCACGUGAGGAGAUGGAAGUUUUCUUAGUAAAUGUGAGGAAGGAUAUUUCAAAUAGACGAUUCCACGCCUAUAACAUCGUUCGUGUCAUUACAGGUCGAAAGCCGUUAGCGAAGGAAUAUUAA